CUUCCACACACACACAACAAUGUUUACGGGUAAAUUACAAAUAAAAGUCUGCGAGGCGAGCGGUUUACGCCCAACAGAUUUUCAAAAACGUCAUAAUCUUACAUUUGGAAAAUUGGCCGAUGAACAAUUAAUUGAUCCUUAUGUCUCGAUCGAUGUUGAUGAUAAUCAUUUUGAUCGCUCAACAACACGUCCAAAAACUUUUGAUCCUGUAUGGAAUGAACAAUUUGUACACGAUGUAAUAAAUGCAAAAAACAUCAAUUUAACGGUAUUUCAUGAUGCAGCCCUCCCACCGGAUGAUUUUGUGGCCAAUUGUAUAAUACCAUUGGAAGAUAUUAUGCAACAUGAAACUAAUGUACCAGAUUUAUGGGUGAAUUUAGAACCUCAAGGAAAAAUUCACGUAGUAAUUGAAUUGAAAAAUAAAAAUGAUACUACUAAAGAUACCACAGAAGUGGAUCAUCCUGUUAGUGGUGGCGCUGGCGCCAAUAAAGAAUUUAAAGAAAGAGCAGGUUUUAAUCGCCGACGCGGUGCUAUGCGUCGUCGUGUACAUCAGGUUAAUGGUCACAAAUUUAUGGCAACUUUUUUGCGCCAACCAACAUUUUGUUCACAUUGUCGCGAAUUCAUUUGGGGAAUUGGUAAACAAGGAUAUCAGUGCCAAGUUUGCACCUGUGUUGUACAUAAGAGAUGCCAUCGUUCAGUGGUUACCAAAUGUCCCGGCAUGCGAGAAGAGCAAAACAAUUUGGAACCGGUACCAGCUGGACAGCGUUUUAAUGUUAAUGUACCACAUCGUUUUGUCGUUCACAACUAUAAACGCUUCACAUUUUGUGAUCAUUGUGGUUCCCUGUUAUACGGCCUAAUUAAGCAGGGUCUUCAAUGUCAAGUGUGUAAUAUGAAUGUACACAAACGUUGCCAAAAGAAUGUAGCAAAUACCUGUGGCAUAAAUACUAAACAAAUGGCUGAAAUACUUAGCUCACUGGGCAUAUCGCCCGAUAAGCAGGCACCUAGACGAUCGAAGUAUUUAAGUCAACCCGGUGGUGAGGAUAAUUUCGGAGCUAGUAUUCAUGGCGAUAACAGUGAUUGUAUCUCAACUACCACACGUAGUUCAACAAUGUCGCAUCAGACUACAUCGUCGGGUAGCUCUGGUGCGACUAAUAUAAGUGGUGGUAGCGGAGAUUUGGGAAUGUCAAGUUCUAAUCGUUGUUAUGACUCGCGUCCCGGUAAAACUUGUUUGCAAGAUUUCAAUUUCAUUAAGGUACUGGGUAAGGGCUCAUUCGGCAAGGUUAUGUUGGCGGAAAAGAAGGGCACCGAUGAAAUAUACGCCAUCAAAGUGUUGAAAAAAGAUGCAAUCAUACAAGAUGAUGAUGUCGAUUGUACAAUGACCGAAAAACGCAUUUUAGCUUUGGCUGCUAAUCAUCCAUUUUUAACGGCUUUACAUUCCUGUUUUCAAACUCCGGAUCGUUUAUUUUUUGUUAUGGAGUAUGUUAACGGUGGUGAUUUAAUGUUUCAAAUUCAAAAAGCUCGCCGUUUUGAGGCUGCUCGUGCUGCCUUUUAUGCUGCCGAAGUUACAUUGGCCUUACAAUUUCUACACGCUCAUGGUGUUAUUUAUCGCGAUUUGAAAUUAGAUAAUAUUUUAUUGGAUCAAGAGGGUCACUGUAAAUUGGCUGAUUUUGGCAUGUGCAAGGAGGGCAUUAUGAAUGGUGUUUUAACUACCACCUUCUGUGGUACACCUGAUUAUAUAGCCCCAGAAAUUCUUAAGGAACAAGAGUAUGGCGCCUCGGUUGAUUGGUGGGCUCUUGGUGUUCUCAUGUAUGAAAUGAUGGCUGGUCAGCCACCUUUCGAAGCCGAUAACGAAGAUGAAUUAUUUGAUUCGAUAAUGCACGAUGAUGUUUUAUAUCCAGUUUGGUUAUCAAGAGAAGCUGUGUCCAUUUUGAAAGGUUUUCUUACUAAAAAUCCUGAACAACGUUUAGGCUGUUCGGGCGAAGAAAACGAAAUACGUCGUCAUCCAUUCUUUAGUAAAUUAGAUUGGGAUGAAUUAGAAAAACGUAAUAUAAAACCACCAUUCCGACCGAAAAUGAAAAAUCCACGAGAUGCCAAUAAUUUUGAUACAGAAUUUACUAAGGAAGAACCAGUUUUAACGCCCAUUGGCAAUGAUGUUGUACGCUGUAUUAAUCAAGAUGAAUUUGCUGGUUUUUCAUUUGUCAAUCCUAAAUUUGGACCAGAACGUAAAGUAUAUUAGAAGCACACAAACUAAAUGCUAACUAAAAUCCUCAAACAAAACAAAGAAAAAAAAAACAAAACAAAUACAAAAACCUAAUUUGUCGUUCGUAAACGAUGACGACGAAAGUAAAGAUCUUUUUUCCUUCAAACUAUACUUUCAAAAUGAAAUUAUAUUUCAAAGAUUUGGCAAGAAAAAAAAACAAAACACAGUAUAAUUAAUUUAUACUAAAAGUUUUAAAAGUUGUUUUAGAUAUUUACUUUUUUUUAAACAAAACCUAAAAAGAAAUAAACUGUGGUAACUUGUGUCACAGUCGAAUUUAUUAACACUUUUUUUGUUAUUUUAAUUCUUGUUUUUAAGUUUAAAGAAAAUAAAAUUGAACACAGCAUCUACACACACACACAAACAAGAAUGAAAAAUGUAACAAACUUUUUACCAAAAAUUAUU